UUGAUCCAUUCAAAAAUUACUCAUUGCAAAUUCCCGGACUGCUAGGAGAGGAGAAGGAAGGGGGCGGAGGAGCCGACCUGCUGCCGGCGCCGUGCUGGGCGUCCCGGAGGCCCAAGCCGCUGAGAGGGCUGGCGGGAGCUCUGGGGGCCUCACCAGGAAGCGUCCGAAUCGCAACACCCGCGGAGCUCCCCGCGCCGCCUCCCGCCGGCCCUCGGCCCGGAGGCACGCCCAGCCCCAGCCCCAGCCUGGGUCCCCGGCGAUGGCUGGCCGCUGAGCAUGGCACAGUACGGCGCCCCCGGCCCGCUCGGAAUGGCCGCGCGGGAGGAGCUGUACAGCAAAGUCACCCCGCGGAGGGCCCGCCAGCAGCGCCCCGGCACCGUCAAGCAUGGAUCUGCGCUGGACGUCCUCCUGUCCAUGGGCUUCCCCAGAGCCCGCGCACAAAAAGCCUUGGCAUCCACAGGAGGAAGAAGUGUUCAGGCAGCAUGUGACUGGCUGUUCUCCCAUGUGGGUGACCCCUUCCUGGAUGACCCCCUGCCCCGGGAGUACGUGCUCUACCUCCGUCCCACAGGUCCCUUGGCACAGAAGCUCUCUGACUUCUGGCAGCAGUCAAAGCAGAUCUGCGGGAAGAACAAAGCACACAACAUCUUCCCCCACAUCACCCUCUGCCAGUUCUUUAUGUGCGAGGACAGCAAGGUGGACGCGCUGGUGGAGGCACUGCAAACCACGGUGGGUCGCUGGAGGUGCAAGUUCUCCUCCCCGCUGCCCCUGGAGCUUUACACCUCGUCCAACUUCAUCGGCCUCUUCGUGAAGGAGGAGAGCGCCGAGGGCCUCAAGAAGUUUGCCGCAGACUUUGCCGCGGAGGCUGCGUCCAAAACCGAAGUCCAUGUGGAGCCUCAUAAGAAGCAGCUGCAUGUGACCCUGGCUUACCACUUCCAAGCCAGCCACCUACCCACCCUAGAGAAACUAGCCCAGAACAUUGAUGUCAAACUAGGGUGUGACUGGGUGGCCACCAUAUUCUCUCGGGACAUCCGAUUUGCAAACCAUGAGACAUUGCAGGUGAACUACCCCUACACCCCACAGAAUGACGAUGAGCUGGAGCUGGUCCCUGGGGACUUCAUCUUCAUGUCCCCCAUGGAGCAGACCAGCACCAGUGAGGGCUGGGUCUAUGGCACAUCCUUAACCACUGGCUGCUCCGGACUCCUGCCUGAAAAUUACAUCACCAAGGCUGAUGAAUGUAGCACCUGGGUGUUUCACAGUUCUUACUCGAUCUUAAGUACAGCGCCUUCCCCUGCUCUCUCAUUUGGUGAUGGCAUAUUGGAGCGGCGGUCUUAUGAGGACCAGGGCUCGGGGGAGAUGGCACCCCUGACUGUUAUCUGCCAGCCUGCACAGCCUCUGAGGGUCAGCAGUCAGCCUGGCCCCCAAAAGAGAUGCCUGUUUGUGUGUCGGCAUGGGGAGAGGAUGGAUGUAGUGUUUGGGAAGUACUGGCUAUCGCAGUGCUUUGAUGCAAAAGGCCGCUACAUACGCACCAACCUGAACAUGCCUCAUAGCUUACCUCAGCGGAGUGGUGGUUUCCGGGAUUAUGAGAAAGAUGCUCCAAUAACUGUGUUUGGAUGUAUGCAAGCAAGACUAGUGGGUGAAGCUUUAUUAGAAAGUAACACCAUUAUUGACCACAUCUAUUGUUCCCCAUCCCUGCGCUGUGUUCAGACUGCGUACAACAUCUUGAAAGGUUUACAACAAGAAAAUCACUUGAAGAUCCGUGUAGAGCCUGGCUUGUUUGAGUGGACAAAGUGGGUUGCUGGGAACACAUUACCUGCAUGGAUACCUCCAUCAGAGUUAGCUGCAGCCAACCUGAGUGUUGAUACAACCUACAGACCUCAUAUUCCAGUCAGCAAAUUAGUUGCUUCAGAGUCCUAUGACACUUAUAUCAAUAGAAGUUUUCAAGUAACAAAAGAAAUAAUAAGUGAAUGUAAAAGUAAAGGAAAUAACAUCUUGAUUGUGGCCCAUGCAUCUUCCCUCGAAGCGUGUACCUGCCAGCUUCAGGGCCUGUCCCCUCAGAACUCCAAGGACUUUGUACAAAUGGUCCGAAAGAUUCCAUACUUGGGCUUUUGUUCCUGUGAAGAAUUGGGAGAAACUGGAAUAUGGCAGCUGACAGACCCACCCAUCCUUCCUCUUACCCAUGGGCCAACUGGAGGCUUCAACUGGAGAGAGACCUUGCUACAAGACUGAACCACACCAAUGAAGAAGGAAAAGGGCUUGCAAACGUCUUUGGAGAAGUGUCUUUUUGUGUGUUUAAAACAGUGAAAAAGUCUGCACCCCAUUAUAAGCAGACAGCUCAGAAUAAUUUGCAUACUUCCUUUGAUGCUUUAAAAUUCUUGUAAUGAGACUGUGUGUAAGGAAAAAACAAAACUUGAUUCAGGGAUAAAAUUCAUUCUGUCUCUGGACUCUUACCUAGCUAACAAGGAUUUCAAGGAUGGUUGCCGUAAUUUGAGGCACCUGCUAAGGCAGAGGAUGCAUCCUUCCUUCCCCCAGCGCACCGCCAAGGCCCCUGAGCCCUCACGUAGGGGCGCCAACCCAGCCUGAGGAAGGAUACAGGAGGAAGGAGGGUAUCCAGACUCCAGCUGGAGCAACAGUGAGCUGCCAGUUUAGAGAUGGGACUUUCUCUUUAACUCCGUGUUCCAGUCAGACAAAACCACGCUGAAGGAUUCUUAUCAGGCUCUCAGAAAACGUGUCCUACAGAGCAUCUUUCUAAGUUACACAUCAAAAUAUGCUCUCAGUGUGACCCCCAGUGCUGCUGGGUCUGGAUGCAUGCCCUGAGGACUCAGAUGUUCCUCUGGUGCUGCCAGCUUUCUCCAGAGCAGCUGCCUGUAUCUGUGAAACGGGGGACAAGGCACACUUGCUCUCCAAAGCACUUUUGGCUACUCAGGAGGAAAAUAAGAUAACUGUGUGAAGUACUCAACUGUAGGAACAAAGAACUUGCAAAAUAUAAAGUGAUUCUUAAUUAACCGUGUUGCGACCAAAAGAGCCACUGACUUCUGAAUCACCGUGGUUGCUUGUCCUUGGCCCUGGAGUCUGGACUAUGGUCACUGGGUUAAGGCAGUUGGUGUUUUGAAAGGAUGUGUGUGACAUACAUUUUUUAGUCAGCAAAAAGCUCAUUCUUGUGCAAUAUGGACAUCUAGAAACCAUACCAAGGAUCAGGUUGUUGUUCAUUCACAUACAGCACAUGUCCAUCAUAACAGGACAUCCACAAAUGCACCAGUUGUAGCAGGGAUGCAUAACGAAGUCAGGGAGCUAACGGAAAUGACAGUCUUGACAGCACGGCUACGCGGGCUGUCCUUUUGUGUUUGUUUUUCUAUAAUAAUUUUAAAUAUAUAGGUAGGGCAACUUAAGGAAAGUUGAGAGAAGCACAUCCUAUGGUUUCUCUUCACACCUGCUUCCUGAAUCAAGAAGGAGGUUAGCUAAAGAAAAUAAAUGACAAUCAAGCCAAAACAUCAGUUAUCAAUGUCUACUUGAUUGUGUGACAAGCUGAGUGCUGACGGCAGCAGACAGUGGUCUGGUCUGGUCUGUGUAGCAUACACGUGCAAAAUGAAAUCCCAGCCACUUAAAGAGCAUUAGUGCAAGACAAAUCAAUAUAUAUUGUAGCAUAGCAUAGGCUUCAAAACCCAAAUGCAUAAAAUAUGGUAAAUAUGGUGUAUAGAAAAUAGCCCUGACUGGUGUGGCCCAGUGGAUUGAGUACCAACUUGCAAACCAAAGGGUUGCCAGUUCAAUUCCCAGUCAGGGCAGAGAGAGACAACCAUACACUGAGGUUUCUCUCCUCUUUCUCCCUCCCCUCCCCCUCUCUAAAAAUAAAUAAAUAAAUAAAUAAAUAAAUAAAUAAAUAAAUAAAUAAAUAAUAGGUCUAUGCUCCUAUUGGAAAUGGGAAUGUAAUGAUUCCCUGGAAAGAAGAGGAGUGAAAGGAUGCUGUCCUUGUGUGUUAAUCAGCAAGAGGAUUAUAGUUGGGGUUUAAAAGUCACUUAAAGAAAUAUGUCAUAAAUUUUACAUUUUAAGGAGCAAAUCUGGAUUUCUUCUGGCAUUGCACAAACACCGUCCAGCUUCUGAGUAUAGAAGUAACUCUAUGCUGACAUCAUUAAAGUUUUAACCUUAAAAUUGGUGAAAUACUCUCAUUAAAGGGUUUAAGAGAAACAUCACAUUACAGUUCAUAUAAUGUUGCUACCAUUCUUUUAUCUGUAAGGAAGUGAAUCAGAUCAAUAAUGUAUAUUAGAUUCUGAACAAAUUUUCAUGGUCUUUCAAUGCUCAGAAUCAUGCUUGAAUACCUCUCAUGCAAUUCCCUUGAAAAUAGUAGCAGUAUGUUCUGGGCUGUGUCUGUACUUACACAGAAUGGAGUUCAGAAUGGGUUAUCCUCUCCCUCCCUCUGGGUUGUCUGCGUCCUGUGGCGACCUGAUAGGUCAGUGUAGCUGGGCCACCGUCCAUGGUCCUUAGUCCAAAGCAGACAGAGCCUUGGGCUAUUGUCUACAUGAGCAAAAGGAGACAGAAGUCUGAAACAGUUUUCUGAAUAAUUUGAGUGGAAAACCCUGAGUAAGGUAAGAGUUUAUUCCUCUGCUGUAAUAAUCCAGAUUGCUUUUUAAAAUGGCCUGAAUAUCUGAACUCACAAUAAAUUCUCUUUUCACAUCUAUUUAAACAACUAAACUUGAGCUCCAAAUGAGAAAUUCUUUGGAAAUCGUGUUGAAUAAUAAAAGAAAAAUGAUUUCAUACUCAUCCAAAUCCUCCAGGUUGAUAUUAGAACCUGAAGUUUAGACCAGUUGUUUUUGAUCUGAGCCUGGUGCUUAUUAAGAACAAAUGUUGAGCCCUGGCUGGCAUAGCUCAGUGGAUUGAGCGUGGGCUGCGAACCAAAGUGUCGCAGGUUCGAUUCCCAGUCAGGGUACAUGCCUGGGUUGCAGGCCAUGACCCCCAGCAGCUGCAC